AUGUCCUUUUACAACAGCUAAUUUGGUAUGUCACCUAAAUCAGCUGUAUCGAGAGCUUUAAUGGUCAAGAAGGACAAUGGUAGUUACAAUAUCCCUGAUGAAAAAUAGUUUCAGAAGCUUACUCAUUUGAUUGACACAUUUUACAAUUAUUAGGAUGCUUAAGAAAUCCUAAAUUAAAAUCUUCCUUAAAAACCAUCAACAUGUCUACCUCUAGGUCAAGGAUAAAAUAAUCGAGGUCUAGAACUAAUUAGAAAAACUUAGGUACUAACUGCUGAAAAUUCUCCAAACCCAGGAACUCGAAAGAGUUAAGCACAUAAAUUAACUGGAGAAGAUGCAGUGAAAGAGUAUGAGAAUUUUAAUAAUCAUAAAUCAAAUAUGAAUAAAGACUUAGAUAUAGAUCCCGGCUCAUAAGGAAAUUAUCUUACUAGCAAGUAAAAAGAUAAAUAAUAAAUGAAAAUGCUUAACAAAUAUUUAAACUUCUCUCUAAUGAAACUGAAUGAUGAAUUUGUGCAAAGGAAGUUCAAAACCUAUUUAAAGGCCUAGAGUGAGUAAUAGGGGUCAAGAGACUCAGUUUACGAUAGACUUUAAAAGAACGCUAAUGAAAAUGUUUAAAAAAAGUUAUUGCAGCUCUCUUAAGUUAUUAAUGAACCUAGCAACAGAUCCAGUGCGCUAGCAUUUAAUCAUGCUGAGUAACUCAAGCAAAAAUUGAAAUUUAAAAUUCAAACAAAUCUCAAUACUAAUGAAAAUCAACUUAAUGUCCCAAGAGCCUCAAGAAUAAGCUAAAUCUUAUUAAAAUCAUCUGGUCGGCUAAAUACAAGUCAUUUUAAUGAUGAUCCAAAAUAUCAAGAGUUAGUUAAACUCUCUGAGACUUCAAGCGAUGAAGAAAGUUAAUAACUAAAUUAAAACGAAGGAUUCGAUCCACUUCAUAAUAAAUCAUCAUUGACAUUUUCUAACCAUUAGUAUCGAUCAUUUAUGAGUAACAUGGAGAAAUUGAGCUCACAAAAAAAGUCCCCCAAUUUAAGAAAUUCAAUUUUAAUUUCUAAUAGAUUAAAUGAAACGUCUGGUGAUGAAAAAUCUAUUAAAUCAAAUAGUGGACGCAAGUGCUCAUUCAGAAGGUCUUAAAUUGUUUAAAAUACUCAAAUUUUUAUCAAUUAGCCAACUGGAAAAUUUAAAGAAUAUGAAGAGAAGUCUCCAAAUAAUUCAAAAAAUAGCAGAAGAAGUGGAUUUGGAUAAAGAAAACAUGUCAGAAUAUAUGACCCGUAGAUGGAAAUUGAUAAAAGAUUAGAUGUAAUUGAGCGUUAAGUCAUUACAUCUUAACAUGCGAAAAGAUCUUAGCAAUUUUUUUCCUAACAAAAUAGUCCUUCUAAUAGAGUUAACAUUAACUUUAAAAAUCAAGAUAAUCAUUAUUUUUGA